UAUUCAUAUGCAAUAGUGAUGAACUUACUAAAAGUUUGAUUUAUUAUUCAUAAAUGAAUUCAUUAACGUAACGCACAAAGAGACGUUAGUUCUUCACUCUUGACCACUAAGUUUUAUUUGCGGAAUUAAAUUCUCUCUAUUUUCCUGGUGUGUUAUUUGAUAUCCGAACCAACAUUACCAGUGAUGAAUACAAACGUCGAGAAACAAUUUAAAGAAGCCAAAUUAUUAUUCGACAACAUUCGUUGGAUGAUACAAAUUUUGAACGCCUGGCCAAUUGAUCGUACAACGAGAGGAUUACUACUGUUUAUAUUUUAUUUGAUCUAUGAAAAUAUUUAUCUUUCUAUGGCGUACAAUGAUUUUUUUUCAACUUUCGGUGAUCUCCAGCUUAUGACUGCGAAUCUUUUAGGAACUUUAAUACAAACGGUGAUGAUGACACGAUUGACGUUCGUCAGAUUUUCAAAGAGCUUAGAAAAAAUAAUUAUCGAAGUAACAGAUAAUUUUUGUGAUAAAAAUUACCAAGAUCCAAAUGAAAAGAGGAUCUACGUCCAAUACAGUUCAUUAGCAACUAAGUUUUACAAAAUUACAAUGAUUUUUGGUGCUGGGUCUGCAUUCGGUUUUGGUCUAUUACCUCUACAAAAAUGUAUUAUUUCCUGGUUACUGCAUAAACCUGUCGUGCUAGAGCUUCCCUUCAAAAUAAAAGUAUUCUAUCAUAGUAAUUUAUCUGCCGAUCAAACUAUUCUAUUAUAUAUUUAUGAAUUACCGCUACCAAUAAAUGCAUGUAGUUUUAUUGCAUCGAUAAAUCUUCAAUUCAUGAUCAUAAUGAAUAUAUGUGCGCGUACUGCUAUUUUGAGAAAUUUAAUAAAGAAUGUGAAUGUCAAGGGAGGAACCAGUAGUCAAAAGCUAUUUUUCAAGCAAAUAACUCUUAAACACUUAGUUUUACUCAAAUUAACGGAUGCAUUCGAGCAAACAUGGACACCAAUAUUUUGUUUCGAGACAAUUAUUCUCGUUCCGCUUACGUCAUUAGUAAUGUUUUCAGUUUUGGCACUAGAUGGUGGUGAAACGGUGGCGAUCUUGACGUUAGUAACUUACGUGGGCUCAAUGACGUCAUGCUUAUUUGCAAACUGUUGGAUGGGUCAACUUUUGUUAGAUGAACGUGAUCAACUUAUGGAAGCAUUUUACCUUUGCGAGUGGUACGAAAUGUCAAAUGAGUGUAAAAAAUUUUUGUUGAUUUGUAUGAUUAAUUGUGCGAAUAUUCCGAUGCAAAUAACUGCUGGAAAAAUUUACAUAUUUUCGUUCAACGGUUUCACGGGAAUAAUGAAAUCUUCGUUGGGUUACGUGUCGUUGCUACGAACCCUGACUUUGUGAAAAUGUUUCAAAUUAUCUUAAUAGUUUAAUUGUAACUAUUUUUUUUCUAACAGUAAUAUAAUAAAAUCAGUUUCACUUACUGAU